GGUGCGGCGAGCCGGUGGGGAUACCGCGAGGCGAGCGCGGGAUCCUGGGCGGCUAGCAGGGUGUGAGCUGUCCGAAAAUGCACUCGGAUGCUGCCGCUGUCAACUUUCAGCUGAAUUCUCAUCUCUCAACACUGGCAAAUAUUCAUAAGAUCUACCACACCCUUAAUAAGCUAAAUCUAACGGAAGACGUUAGCCAAGACGAUCACCAAACAGGAAGCCUGCGGUCUUGUAGUUCUGCGGACUGCUUCAGUAAAGUGAUGCCACCAAGGAAAAAGAGAAGGCCUGCCUCCGGGGAUGAUCUGUCUGCCAAGAAAAGUAGACAUGAUAGCAUGUAUAGAAAAUAUGAUUCAACUAGAAUAAAGACUGAAGAAGAAGCUUUUUCAAGUAAGAGGUGCUUAGAGUGGUUCUAUGAAUAUGCAGGUACUGAUGAUGUUGUAGGUCCUGAAGGCAUGGAGAAAUUUUGUGAAGACAUUGGUGUUGAACCAGAAAAUGUAGUUAUGCUUGUCCUAGCUUGGAAAUUGGAUGCACAAAAUAUGGGUUAUUUUACUCUACAGGAAUGGUUAAAAGGAAUGACUUCUCUACAAUGUGAUACAACAGAAAAACUCAGAAAUACUUUGGAUUACUUAAGAUCAUUAUUAAAUGAUUCUACAAACUUUAAACUUAUUUACAGAUACGCAUUUGACUUUGCACGGGAAAAGGACCAGCGCAGCCUAGACAUAAACACUGCCAAGUGCAUGUUGGGACUGUUAUUAGGAAAAAUCUGGCCCCUUUUUCCAGUUUUUCACCAGUUCUUAGAGCAAUCAAAAUACAAAGUUAUUAACAAAGAUCAGUGGUGCAAUGUGCUAGAGUUUAGCAGAACAAUCAAUCUUGACCUCAGCAACUACGACGAAGACGGCGCGUGGCCGGUUUUGUUGGACGAGUUUGUGGAGUGGUAUAAAGACAAGCAGAUGUCCUAGGACUUUAUGCAUAGCAGCGCGAGAGUCACUGUUACCACAGUUAUGUCAACCAUUAGCCAUAAAUUGCUGUUUGUAUCAAAGCGCAUGCUGCUUUUCUUGCACUGUCUCCCUUUUGUAGGGACGUUUUUUGGUGUUUGCUAUUGAAUGGGCCAGCUCUGCCUGCUGUGUGGCAUUGUUCUCUUGGAAGGCUGCUUUGCAGUUUGUAUUUACACUACAGAUUGGUGAAUUUGCCAACGUCCUCACUGUGAUUAUGUGUAUAUUGCUGUUUAAAUUUUGUAUAUGUGUAUAAAAAGAAAAAGCUUCACCUAGAGAUUAUUUCUGCAAAAAUGUAUUGUAAAAAUAAUUUUUGUGGCAUAUUUCUAGUCCCUUUUUUCAAAUGAACCAAUUAUACUUUAUUUGGUCUCAAAUGUAGCAAUUUCAGAAAACAAGACAGAACAACUGUUACCAUAAGUAAAUGUUGCCAGAAUUCACCAUAUUGUUCAAGAGGCCAACUUUUGGAAGGAGGUGGGAGUUACAACUUUACAGAGGCAUAUGCCAAAUAUAAUUUGGUUUACCUGAAUAUUUGCAUUUUUAAAUGAUGAAACUUAGAAUUAUUUAAACAUAGACAUGUACCAUGUCACCAAUCAUUUCCACCAUGCAAGGUAUAGGUGUUUAUUUUCUGAUGUUAAAAAGCUGUAGUAAUUUGAAUAUAGGUACAAAUGAACAAAUUAAAAUUGCACCUUUUUAAAAAUAGAAUGGUUAUAAACUCUUGUAGACUUCCCUCGGUGUUCUUUUUUUUCUCUUGCAUUCUGGUCAGGGUUUGCUCUGCCAUGCUUUCUGUGGCAUCUAAGUGAAUGUGUUUUGCCUCCUCCACGGAAGCUCAGUGGUUUGCUAGCAUUUUAUAAUCGCAGAGCAAUUUUAGUUGUGGCUUGGAUUUUUAGUUAAGCUUUCAUGGUGUCCAACUUUCUAGUUUUUUGGAAACAGAACUCUUAUUAUAAGUGAGAGGUGUUUUGUUUUGUUUUCCUUUUUGUUUCUUUCAUGCUAGGCUUUUCCUGGCAGAAUGUCCAUUGCAGGCAGUGGACAUGGAACCACCAGCAUUGAGCUCACUGUUACACAGGAGGACCCUUCCUGGAGAGGCUGCUCGCGUUGCCUGCGUCCUUUGUACAGAAAGGUGAUAGCCAUUAUUUAUGUGGAUGAGGAAGAGAGGAAACAGGACAGGAUGUUUAGGUUUGUAUUUGAUGUCUUUUUUUUUUUCUUCCUUCCCCUUGCCUUACCCUUUUUAGGAAAUGUAUAGAUAACAUGUUUUUCCCUUAACUAUCUGGUGCUAUUGAGUGACUAAUUUAGUCCCUAAAGUUUUGUGAAAACCUAAAAGUCUAAUGACUUAAACCAAGUAAAAAGCUAAUGGUGCAUUUGAACAAGUGAAUGCUACCGUUGUGAGCAAGAUCCGUGCUUGAACAUGUAAUGAUUGGAAGAGGUUUGGAUUAUUUCAACAUCUGGCUGAAAUCUUUCGGGUUAAAUGUGAACCUUUAAAUGGCAUUCCGUGAGGGCAAUACACAGACAGUGCUCCUCUCGACCACUAUUUCACAGUUUCUUUGCAAGCAGUGUUCAGAUUUUCAUAUUUUUUUCUCUAACUGAACCACCAAAGACAGAAAUUUUGUAUGUAUAUACAGUGUGUGCUCAUAUACAAAAUCAUGAUCUGGUAGAAUUGCUUCUUUUUUCUACCAAGUAGAAAGGUUUGGUUUGCUGUGAAAUAAACCAGAAGUUUGAAAAACCCUGUAGUGAUUAAGCACACUUAAUCAUUCCUUGUUUAGGUAUUGUAGACUCACUUGUAUCUUACAAAUUCAUACCAGUUUGCACAAAUUAAUAUCGGAAAAGAAUAGGAGAUGUUGAUGGCAAGCAUAGCUCUGGAGACCAGUGUGUUGAGGGGGCGGGGGGCUCCAUGCGAUGGUCGGUUCCAGCAAAGAUAGGCCAUGGGUUCAGGUCUGUGGGGAACUUGGUUCACUUGCAGAAGUAUUCCAUGAAGUCGAGAAAACUCACGCUGUAAAGUCAACAGUUCUUAAAAUUGGUCAAACAAAAGUCAGAAAUGAAUAUAUCGAUAUAAAUCAUAGAUGAGAGUAUUCUAAAAGUUACUGUUAAAGACGAGAGACUCUUUAACACUGAGCCCAGUGAGUCCUAAAACACAGGACUGGUACAGAGGAGACGUUACAUUUCAUCCACAAGGGACAUUUGUUGACGGUGGAACCCAGGUUUGAAACUGUUUCAUGCUGUAUAAUAUGAAGGUAUUCUAAAGAGAGAAUCUUGCAUAUGUACACAACUCCAAAUAAUCUUUAAACUCCCUUGAAAAAUAAAUCUCUUUGGCUUCAGAGUGCCCGCCCUUGGUUUUCUUGAUGUUAUGUAGUUAUUUUUAAGGGAAGGAAAAGGGGUCAGAUAGUAAUAAGAUACCUUUUCUUAAAAAUAUCCGUAAGUUACAUAGAAUUGAGCAAUUAUCAAGCACUUACUUACUGGCUGAUGUUAAAUAAAUUGGGGUGCCUUCUUCUGGUUUUUCUUUAUUACCCGAGUCUGCAUCCUUUUUCUCUUUUCAUGGUGUUUUGAAUUCCACACUGCAGCACGGUCGUAGCAGAAUAAACUUUUAGAAGUUUACUGCAGUAGGUCAGAAAUCUCAUGAAAUGCCAUAAACGCCCACUGUAGUGUCACAUGCCGCUUUUUUGAAGCAUGAACUCUCAAUUGAGUUUUUUAUAAAUCCGACUAGACAAACCUUCUGGUUUAAAAACAGGUUUCUGUUGCCUCUCAGUCUCCAUUUUAACAGUGCUUUUGAGGUUUAUACAAAAAGCUUUAAAACUCUGUUUGUGCCCUUGGUUUUAAUGCGUACAACUGCUAAAAUACCUCUGUAAGCCUUAUCUUUUAUUCUUUCAUACGUUAUGUUGUAUAAUAAAUGUAUAGAAUUCAUGGACCAACUGAAAUGUUGGGUGUCUGUAAAUGAGACCAAAACGUGGGUUGCUUUUUUUUCAUGAAAUAAUUUGUUGGGGUUACUGUUACAUGAACAGCAGCUCACCUAGAACUGUGAAUGCUUCGUGUCGUCAGUAUUUGCAUUACAUUCAUGAACGUGUGCAAGUCCUGUGACUCCCAGCUUAACUCACAUACUGUUAUGCCACCUGACUUGAGUACAGCAAACUGGUUUUAGGUUUUAAUGGAAUUGAUGUAAAAUGAUAUCCCAUAAAUAAAAGUAUUUG